AUGACCUCAAACACAACUUUAUUAACCUUCCAAAAGCUCUCAAUUCAAAUAGGAGGUGCACCUAAUAUAUCUGAUGCCUUUCUCAUCAAUGGUCAGCCGAGAGAUCUCUAUGCUUGCUCCAAAUCAGGAACAACUAAAAUCCCUGUACAACGAGGAAAAACAUACCUUCUAUGUAUUGUCAAUGCAGCAGUCAAUAAUAACCUCUUUUUCAAGAUUGCAUCACACAAUGUCACAGUGGUAGCCGUAGAUGCUUGCUACACAAAACCAUACACAACAUACAUAAUGCUUAUAACUCUUGGCCAAACUGCAGAUGUUCUUCUCACAGCCAAUCAAGCAAUAGCCAAAUACUACAUUGCUGCCAAUGUAUACACUACCCAAUCUAUUGGAUUCUUUGAUAACACCACAACAACUGCCAUUCUUAGCUAUGUGGGUUCCCAUUCUUCUGCCACCCCAUCUCUUCUACAGUUUCCAACAUACAAUGACAUUGCAACUGUCACUAAAUUUAAUAAAGGAUUACGAAGCCUAGCUUCACUAGAGCGCCCAAUAGAAGUUCCCCAAAGCAUUGAUGAGAAACUCCUAAUAAUCGUAGGACUUGGUUUAUUUCCCUGUCGAACUAAUGUGACCACCAACUGUCAAGGCCCUAAUAAAACCAGAAUAACUGCUAUUAUGAACAAUGUAUCUUUUGUCCUACCACAUAUAUCCAUACUUCAAGCUUAUUAUUUUGGUAUUAAUGGUGUCUUUACAACCAAUUUUCCUUCAAACCCACCAAUUGUGUUUAAUUAUACAAGUGACAAUAUACCUAGAAGUCUUUGGUCACCAAUCACUGGAACAAAAGUUAAAGUGCUAAAUUAUAAUGCUACAGUUCAGGUGGUGUUCCAAGCAACGAAUAUCUUCCAACUUGAUGACCAUCCAAUGCAUAUUCAUGGCUAUGAUUUUUAUGUUGUGGGAGAGGGCUUUGGUAACUACAAUGCUCGAACAGAUCCUCUCACAUUCAAUUUGGUUGAUCCACAAGAAUGGAAUAUUGUGGGAGUUCCUGUUAGUGGGUGGACUACUAUCAGAUUCAAAGCUGACAAUCCAGGUGACAAAACAUAUAGCUUUGAAUUAUUCUCUCAAAAUUAA